AUGUUUUCUCAAUUCAAGAAUCCUCUAUUAUUACGUAAAAGCCUGAAAUUAAAGACGUCAUUACGUCUUCUAGAACAAUUUUCAAGAUCCACAAGUAGUAGUGUAAAAUUUCAGGCAGAGAUAAUAUUAAAUUAUGAACGCUGUUGUGAAUACGAAUACGUCUACGACCGAAUUUUAAGCUGUGACAUUGCAAGAAAAUCUUUCAUUACUGGGAAAAUAGCCACAACAUCAGAUUCUACAUUCCAUUCAUUAAACGUUAAGUCCAAAAAUCAAACUGAAGAACGACCAUUACAAAUAAUUUUGUGUCCAGUAUUCAUCAUAAGAUCAAAUAUGUCGACAACAUAUAGCGAAACAGAUGAUGAUAAUCCAAAAUACCAGCGUGAAAGUUACGUAUACCCAACAUUUUCUCUACCGAUAGUCAACCAGUUUAAUGCCAUGAUGCGAAGAGUGGUAAUCCUUUGCAGUUUCAGUAUAUUCUUGGGAGUUAUUCUCAUUGCUAUUGGUAUUACUUCCAUUUUUGUUCCAUCCAUGGGAUCGAUGCGUAUAUAUCAUCCAUUAUGGAUUGGAGGAAUGAUAAUAAUUACUGCAAUAUUUGGCAUCAUUGGUUACCGAAAGAACGUAACAAGGCCAAUUAUAAUGCACAUCAACUUAAUCUUGAAUAUUUUAUCGAUCACAGCCACAGUGGGUGGAUGUAUUAUGUGCGUCAUAGCUAUUAUAGAAGGAGUAGAAAAUAACGCUUCUAUCGGUCAAAUUGCAGCUAUUAACAUCUGUCUUAUUCUCAUGUACUUAAUUAUCUUUUCCUCCUAUGUUUACUGCAUUAUCGUAUACUUUUUAGUUAUUAAAAGCCCUGUUAUCUUAAUAACAUCUGGUACUAGAAUGAGUUAG